AACAUUGGCUGAUGUUUUGUUGAAAAAGAAUAUUUACAAAGAACAAAUGGAUAAAAUGUUGUUACAAUAUGUAUUCCCUGAAUUCAAUAGCCCUCAUGGCCACAUGAGAACUAGGGCUUGCUGGGUGUUGCACUACUUUGCUGGAAUAAAGUUCAAGCAGGACAACAUUUUAAUUGAAGCAGUCAAGCUUACCACAACCGCUCUUUUAAAUGAUGCAGAACUCCCUGUCAAAGUCGAGGCGGCAAUUGCUUUGCAAAGUUUACUCCAAAAUCAAGAGAAGGCACAAAAGAUCAUUGAGCCUUGGAUUAAGCCAAUCACAUUGGAGCUUUUGAAUAUCAUUAGACUGACUGAAAAUGAUGAUCUGACAACAGUCAUGCAAAAAAUUGUAUGCUGUUAUCCCGAACAGCUUACCCCAAUUGCUGUUGAGAUGUGUCAGCAUUUAGCUUCCACUUUCAGUCAGGUCUUAGAAACUGACGAAGGUAGCGAUGAAAAGGCUAUUACAGCAAUGGGUUUGUUGAAUACUAUCGAAACUCUACUCUCUGUAAUGGAGGAUCAGCCAGGAAUAAUGGAUCAAUUGCAACCAAUAGUUUUACAAGUUAUUGCUCACAUAUUUAAUCACAGUGUCUUGGAAUUUUAUGAAGAGGCUUUAUCGCUUGUGUAUGAUUUGACAGGCAAAAGGAUAUCACAAGACAUGUGGAAAGUUUUAGAGUUAAUGUAUGAACUUUUCCAAAAAGAUGGCUUUGAUUAUUUUACCGAUAUGAUGCCAGCUCUACAUAAUUAUAUUACUGUAGACACACCCGCGUUCUUAUCUAAUGAAAAUCACAUCUUAGCAAUGUUCAAUAUGUGUAAAGCUGUUCUCAUAGGUGACGCUGGCGAAGAUCCUGAGUGUCACGCCGCUAAACUUCUCGAAGUUAUCAUUCUUCAAUGUAAAGGACACAUUGAUAAUUGUAUACCACCUCUCAUACAGUUAGUGUUAGAACGUUUGACAAGGGAGGUAAAAACUUCCGAACUUAGGACAAUGUGUCUACAAGUAGUCAUAGCAGCUUUAUACUACAAUCCAACAUUGUGUCUCGAAACUAUGGAUAGACUCCAGGGCACUUUAGGACAGUCAACUGAUCCAAUUGCUUCGCAUUUUAUUAAGCAGUGGAUUCAUGAUACAGACUGCUUCCUUGGGCUUCAUGAUCGAAAACUUUGUGUUUUUGGUUUGUGCACGCUCAUAAGUAUGGGUCCAGCAAGACCAGCAGCAGUUAAUGAGUGUGCACAACAAAUAAUCCCAUCCUUAAUUCUUCUCUUUGAUGGUCUCAAGAGAGCAUAUGCCGCCAAAGUAGCAGUCAGUGAAGAUGAAGACAACGAUGAAGAAGAAAGUGAUCUUGAAGAAGUUCUCUCAUCGGAUGAGGAUGAGAUUGAUGACGCUAGUCAAGAUUAUUUGGAAAGACUAGAAGAAAAGGUGCUGAAAUCUCAACAAGGUCAUAUGUUUUCUGUCGUGAAUUCAGCGCAACAGCCUGGGCAAGGUGAGCAUAGAUCAGAUGAUGAUGAUGAUGAAGAUUCUGAGUAUGAAGCCAAUGAAGAAACGGCUCUGGAAAGUUACGUUACUCCUCUUGAUUCAGAAGAUACGAAUCAAGAUGAAUACAUUGUUUUCAAAGAAGUCAUGCAGAAUAUUGAGAGGACAGAAACACCGUGGUAUAAUGCACUUACGAGUCAUUUGACACAAGAACAACAAGCAUCUUUAGCAGAUAUUAUUUUGUUGGCUGAUCAACGUAAAGCAGCUUUGGAGAGCAAGCGAAUUGAGCAGAGUGGAGGUUAUGCUUUCACAUCGCAGACUGUACCUACUACCUUUAAUUUCGGUGGAAAACCUGCAUUCGGUCGGUAAAAAACUAUAAACGUUUAUAAUGUAAUGUAAUUAAAAAAAAUUGUAAGGUAUGCGAAUCGAAUGUUCGUAGCACGCGAUUGCAAAUUGACGACCUCCAAAACAGUAAUGCAUUUCCUACUUACUAUUUUUCUGUAAAUUAAAUGUACAUUAGUAAGGUGAUCGGACGAAUUUGUAUACAUACAUAGAAAAUCAUGUCGACAUUUUAAUCCAAAUACGUGGCUCUUGCACUGUCGAUUGGUCAUAUCGACCAGUACCAAAUAAACUUCCAUCGCUAGGCGAUGCUAUGUAACCAGUUACAUAAAGUUAAAUAGCAAAUAUUUGGACUCUAAAGCCAUAAUUUAUCGCGGAUAGUGAAAUAAAAAGCAAGGCGUGUGAUGAUCUUUGGCCAAGUUAAAUUUCUAAUAAACUUUGCCCCGCAUCGUUGAAUCAGACUUUAAAAAUAGACAACGAAGAUCAUCUUUGAAUUAAUUGGGGCUUUUACUAUGCAAUGUUCUAGUGAUGUUUUUACUGCAACUCUUAAGGAGAAAAUGAAUAAACACUGAACUUUCUCUAUAUUUGUUAAAAAAAUGGUAAAUAAGGAAUAUGUUAAAUUGUUGAUGUAAAAUAUAUUCAAACUUAAUUUUUUAAAAGCAACUAACAAUAUUUUUUUUUAUAUAUAUAAAGCCUCCUCCAUAAACAGGUGUAAUUUGUGCAAGAAAUUUUCUCAAUCUGCGAUAAUUAUAAUCAGUAGGUAGGAUCAGAAUGCUCGAUAUAGUUACUGUCUAGUUGAUACUUUAAUAAUCAAUAUCGCUAUUGCUGAAAACCUGCACAAUACUUAGUCCUUCCAUAAUCAAUAAUGAAUUUUAUAUUAUAACAAAGAUUGCUUUUGACUGGUUCUCUUAUUUUUUCUAUUGGGAAAAGGAUGCAGUGCAGUUUCAAUAAAUUUAUUUUUCUGAAAAAUGUUUUACAGUAGUAUAAAUUUCGCACUGCUCCUUCUUCCAAAGGUGCAUAAAAAGAUGUGUUAAAUACAUAAAUUAAUAAAGAUAAUAAGUGUGUAUAUGUUUGAAAAAAAUGAAUCAGUGGCAGUAUAUGUACAAGUGAGUAUUCUAUGCUGUGAUUGUAAAAUAGAAAUCUCUUUGUACUAAUAAUUUCUUACACAAAUGUUGAUAGCUGAGAAUCUGAACUCGUUUUUUAUUAGCGUGAUCGCUGUGAGUGUAAAAUUACCUAUACGUGCUCUUUUUGCUUUUCGCAAAAAAUUAAAUACAAAAUCAAACACUGGUUGAAAAGGUUGAGUCAAUAAAAUUUUUUUUACACUGUAGAAAAACUUAUUAGUGAACUUUAAAAGUGCCUUGAAAGGAAUUUGAAGCUGGAACUUUAUUAAAAGAUUAGUGUUUCCUACUGUACAUUGGACCGAGGUUGGGACACUUCUCUAGUUUGUAAGUCCCAAAAAAUAAGUAAUAAAAUAACAACAUAACAUUUUUGAAUACUGAGAAAUAGUUAGAACAAAAUGAUGUUUUCUUAAUUUUUUCACAAGCAAAAAUCGGAAUCGGGAAGAAGUUCUUGUUUACACGCGCCAUUUUUGUAAUAAUUAUGAAUAAUAUCAAGAUUUGUUUGAGUUUAUCAAAUGUUGAUCUGGAGAUGCAAACUGGAGGUAAGAUAAAAUAUGGCCAUAGUGAU